AUGGCGAGACCCCAAGAUACGGCUUUGGCCCGAUUCUAUGGCCUCCCUAAGGUGCACAAAGACGGCGCUCCUCUCCGACCCAUCGUGUCGCUCAAAGGGACUCCAACGUACGGACUGGCGAAGUGGCUGUUCCGGCGUCUCAGGUUCCUGACCGCUGAGUCAGACACCACGGUCUCUUCGACAGCACAAUUCCUGGAGAAACUCAAAGGGGUAAGCAUCCAUCCAAAUGAGGUCAUGGUAUCUUUUUAUGUUACAUCCCUUUUUACUUCUAUUCCCCAGGACCUGGCGAUCGAGACAAUUGAACUGCUAUUACAAAGCAAAUACGAUGAAACGGAGAACCGUCUUGGACACGUCCAAAUCCUUCAGCUCCUGAAGCUCUGUCUCAGGACGUACUUCACGUUCGACGGGACAAUCUACGAACAGGUGAAGGGCACACCAAUGGGUUCGCCGAUUUCGGGAUUUAUCGCCGAGGCGGUCCUGCAACGGUUAGAGUCACUGGUCUUCCAACACCACAGACCGAAAUUCUGUGCCCGGUAUGUAGAUGAUACCUUCGUCGUCAUCGAACGGGAUCAGGUGUUGACAUUCCAAGAACAUCUCAACGCCGUCUUCCCGGACAUUCAAUUUACGAUGGAGGAGGAAGAGAACAACCAGUUGGCCUUCCUGGAUGUCCUCGUAUGCCGCAAGGAUUGUGGUGGACUAAAGACCAAAGUGUUAAGGAAAGCGACAAAUACGAUGCAAGUACUGAACUUCAACAGUAACCACCCAAUCAGCCACAAACGCAGUUGUGUAAGGACGCUCUAUCGGCGUGUCGAAACGCACUGCAGUGAGCCGGAAGACAAAACUGCUGAACUACAAUACCUCCGACGGGUCUUCAAAGCCAAUGGCUACCCGCGCAACUUCGUCGACCGGUGCAUACGCAAAAGGGACGAAAGGCCUAACCGCACGGACACCAAGUCUUGGCGGGCACUUCCGUAUGUCAAGAACGUUUCGGAAGCUGUCGGCCGCCUUCUCGCACCACUUGGGGUUGGAGUGGCACACAGACCGGAGGCAACCAUCAGGCGUCUGAUCAUGAAACCGAAAGACCCACUGCCAUGGCUAGAAACGUCUGGAGUCGUUUAUCGGAUCUGGUGCAGUUGCGGACAAAGCAACUACGUCGGAGAAACCGGAAGACAGCUCCGAACGAGAAUGGCCGAACACGCGGCAGCGGUGCGCAGAAAUGACGCCAGCUCUCAAGUUGCGGCUCAUUCUACGAGAUCCGGCCACACAUUUAAAUUCGAUGAGGCCGAAAUUCUCGCAAGAGGUGAUAACCGAGUGAGCCGAGAGCUACUGGAAUCAUGGUUUACUGGCCCCCAGUCUAUCAACAAGUGCAACGAUCUUCCCAUUCAAUACAGCGUGCUGAGACUUCGUCUAGGCGGAGUAAUUGGCCACGCGGGGAGCGCACUGGUGAACACUCUUCCCAACACCCGGGCCAACGCAUCAGAUGGUCGAGCAAUCAUCACGCCAACAUCCAACGCACGUGAUGAAAUUGCGGCAAUUAUCGACUCGAAUGUCGGCCAUCAAGCAAUGAUCACCCCAAGUGUGACAAUCCCGGAUGAAGGGGGAAGCCGUGAACGUUCAUAG